UCCAACCAGCCCAACUAUUCAUUACACACGAUCAGAUCAUUUGCUUUGCUUGCCUCAUUGGACAUGGUGCUUGUGCUAUGGGAAGAGGGAUUGUAAUUUGGUGCUGUUUGUAGAGGUGAUUGUACUGAUAGAACCCAAUUGUUGCUGAUCUCAGCACAUCUGGAAAGUCCUGCAAGGCCUCAGCUUCAGAAGGCUCAGAGACAACAAGUAAAUUCCUUCAUGACCCUUGACCACCAAAUCAUCAGUCAGACUCUCAAACAGCCACACGCUACCACAACAAGCUGUGGCCUUCUGGCACAGCAUGGAUGCACAAGUCCUAACAGUGGCACUGGCCUCGCAGGAAAUCCAGUCACCAAGUUACUAGCUCUUGGACAGGAUGGCAAAGUGGAAUGGCAUGUGGAGGAUGUCAUUGACGAUGUGAUCGGUAUGGAAUCAAAUUUUAAAGAGGAAGGAACAGACUCUCCUGUGCUAAUGGAAGGAACAUUAUCAGGAAGUAUUUUGGAUGUAUAUGGUGGUGAGCAGGAAAUUUCACCAGUUAAUAUGGGGCUUUCAAGUGCUUCCUGCCCAAUCAGUCUAUCAGUGAAAAAAGAAAUUACAGAAACUGACACUAGAGCAUUGGCCAAAGAGAGACAAAAAAAGGACAAUCACAACCUCAUUGAAAGAAGAAGAAGGUAUAAUAUUAAUUACCGAAUCAAGGAGCUUGGCACUCUUAUUCCAAAGUCUAAUGAUCCUGAUACGCGCUGGAACAAAGGAACCAUUCUGAAAGCAUCCGUGGAGUACAUCAAGUGGCUACAAAAAGAACAACAGCGAGCCAGGGAGUUAGAACACAGGCAGAAGACAUUAGAGCAGGCUAACAGGCGACUUCUCCUCCGGAUUCAGGAACUAGAAAUACAGGCUCGUGCCCAUGGUCUACCAUCCCUGGCUUCCCUUGGCACGGUUGACUUAGGUGCCCACCUCACCAAACAUCAGACUCCUGAGCAGAAUUCUGUAGAUUAUUGCAGACAACUGACUCCAUCUCAGGGGCCAAGCCCCAAGCUCUGUGAUCAAGCUAUGGCCUUCUCUGAUCCUCUGUCACACUUCACAGAUUUAUCAUUUAGCGCUGCUUUGAAAGAGGAGCAGAGACUGGAUGGCAUGCUGCUGAAUGACACAGUGUCCCCUUUCGGAACAGAUCCACUGCUAUCUGCCGCUUCCCCUGCAGUUUCUAAAUCCAGCAGUAGAAGAAGUAGCUUCAGCUCAGAAGAUGGUGAUGAACUGUAAGACGUAAAAGGCUCAGUUCGUCAUCAAGAGGCAAUGCAAUGCUGGUGCUACUUAACUGCAUUCUCUGUUUCAUAUAUUGCUUUGGCUUAGUUUUCCUUACAAGACAAUGUUGUCCACAUAAUCAUUAGAAGCAAACGAAGAACACACAGGAAGAAGAAAAGUGGUACUGGGCAAUUAUUGAGGACUAGGUUUGAUGUUUUCCUCUUUUUCUACAAAGUCCAUGUCUACUUACAUUUUUCCAUAAAGAUAUAGAGCAUAUGAAAUAGCUCCAUAUUGAGGUUUCUAAUGAAGCAAUUCACUAGUGAAACAGCCUGUAAGAGGAAGCUAAGUGAAAUAUACAAUGCUUUUCUUAGUCAUCAAUGUUUGUAUUCUGCUAUUCACCUCCUAAAAUGUGAGUUUUUUAAGAAUCAAGAUCGACAGAUAAGGUGGUCAUUGUUUUUUCUAUUCAUUGUUUGGUGGAUGCAUCCAAAAUUCAAGUCUUAUAGAGGAAAUAAUUAGAAUUUAGAUUAUCUAUCAUAAUCAAAAUAUGAAUUUACCACAAACAGGAUUUUUUUACAAUUGAACACGGAAAAUUUAUAAGACAUUGGUUACUAAAAUUAGAUUCUAAUUCCUUUAGUCAGAUUAGUUAUACUAAUUCUAAUAGUAUCUUUGCAUAUUUGUCUCUAUAUAUUCUAGUCAGAAUAAUGAGCAAGAAUAAUUUCUUCCAGGACAUAGUCUACAUUUAUCAUUUCACAAAAACUAUACUCAGACAUAAGAACACAGUGUGGGCAUUAUUUAUUACUCUAUUUUUCAUUAUUCUGAUUAUCUAAUCAGUAUCAGGAAUCAUAUUCUGCUGGGUAAUCACUUUUAGCAAAUAAAAUAUAAAUGUUCUCCCACUAGGAAAAAUUGUCUGGUAUUUAAUAUUUAUUGUCAUAUCCAAUAUUGGAUACAGACUAAUUGUUGAUAUGGUUUUGUUCCAAAUUGACAAAAAUGUUGAAAAUGGAUUGAAAACUGACAAAAAUAAUAAAACAGAAACUGUGUUUUAUUCAGCCCUGAAUGGAGGAAAAAGUUUUAUUCCCUGAAGUGUUUAGAGUAACUUAUAACCUCUGCUUGCUUAGUUGCUGUUUAUUCCUGAUACUUACAUCUGUAAUACUCAGACUUUUUGAGUUUGUUUUGAUUGUGAGUUAAGUUACCAAGCAUGUUGCCGUGUGCUGCACCUCAGUAGAUGAUCUUUUAUCAGUCACUAUUUAUGAAGGGAACUUAGGACUGCAGUAGAGCUUUGAAAGUAUUAAACAGAUGAGAAAGAUAGGAUUUUACUUCUCAGCAGGGGUGUGCUUAACAUAGAUGAGAAACAACAAAAAAAGGGAUAGAAAACAUACAGAAUUAUGGUGUAAGCAUAAGCCAUAAAGUGGUGUAAGGGCAGUGAAAAUGAAAAUGAAUGUCCCGAGUCUAGGAAUAAAGCAGAAUGUAGCCUGUCUUUUGAGGCAUAAAUUGGGUGAAAGAGAAGUAAUACAGAAGAAUAAUAUCAGCCAAAUGAUAAGUUAGGGAGGUACCUUCAUGAGGCACUCAGGAGAAUGAUUUGAUCACCCAACACACACUGCUUGCCAAAGAGUUCUGGAAAAUAAAAUUGGCAACAAGUUUUGGAGAUCCUUGAAAAUUAGUAUGAAAUGUUGUAAAAAUGAAAUAUUUUGCUUACUAGAUUUUUAAAGAUUGCAGUGUUCCUAAAUUGACUGAGAUGUAAUCUCUCAAAAAUACUAAACUUUGGAAUGAAUUUUUUUAAAGAGAGUCUUGAGUUUUUCUCACAUAGAAAAUAAUCUGACAUUUGAAUGGUGACAUAAGUGGAGAAACCCUAUAGUCUAAUGAUUAUUUCAUACUUAUAUUACCUUGUUUGCUCAGAUUUUAGAGAAUUAAAAUAACUUAAUAGUUUGCCAGAAAAAGUUUAACUUCUAAAACAAUCAUUGCAUGUGGAUAGACACAUUCAUAUGAAAUGUUCUAUGUUAAAAAAAAAAGCAAAUAGAUACAUUUUCUCAAUAACUUUCAAGAGGACAUUAUAGACUUUUAACAAGAUAACAAAAUCCCACUAAAUUGAUAAUUUUAUUGAACUUUGCAAAUUAUGGAGAAAGGUGUAUGUUUUGGGGCCCACAGAAAAUGUACCAUUCUACACUGAAGCUGUUUUCUAUUCUUAUUUUAUUCAUUAUUCUUUUUUCUCUGUAUGCCAAGAAGAUUUGCACUGUUGAUGCCAUUACUCUGGCAUGACUUUUAAUUUUGUUCAAGGCUGCCAUACAGACCUGGCACAGGAUAGUACAGUCUGGACAUAAGUUUUGAGAAAGGACUAAUAUUUGCUGCUUCCUUCAGAUUAUAAAAUUCUAAGGAAUUGUAAAUUCGGUGGUAGAUUUUUAAAACUAGAGUACUUCUGUGUUCUGGUCAACAGCAAUAUGUUAAAAAUCAAUAAGACAGCAGUUUUAACUUGUGAUGGCAUGAUUUUAUUGAGAAUCCCCUGAAAACUGUAGGCACUUUCCAUAAAUUUUUUUGAAAUGUAGAUAUGUACCAACAGGCUAUAGUUUGCAUGCAUCUAAAGACUGUAGAUAUCUUCUGAAUGUCUCUUUGGAUCCCAGGUAAAAAAUGCCUCCAUCAGGUCUGAAACUUUCAUAGGUAGAAAAUUACCUAUUUACCUAUAAGAUAGGUAGAUAGUCCAUUUGAUGUCAUGUAUAAAAAGAAAAAUGGUGCCUUAUUUAUCUGAAUGGCUCUGAUCCUGGUGGUGUUCAGACUGGAUAUAAAAGUAAAAGAAUAUCAGAUGCUAGAUUACUAUAUUCUCACCACAGCUCUGCCAUAUGCAAAUCAUUUACUAGAACAUUGUUCACUGUGAAAGGAGCCCACUUUUGAACAUCCACUCCUCAAUCGAAAAACCAUGAUUUCUGUGUUACAUAGUUAUAGGUUAGUUCUCUCUGCUUGCUAAAUGUUGUAUAUCUGAUAAUAAUAUUUUGAAAUCACAUAAUACAUUUCCGAAUAAAAAUAAUGCAAAUUCAAAACAAAUUAUUUCAGUAAGAAUCAAGAGAAACCCUUAGGAAAACUGAUGAAUAGAUGGAAUAUUUUUGCAGAAAUGAGACAUACCAAGAGAAUCGAAUAGUAUACCAAACAAUUUUGUCACAAAAAUAUCAAUUAUCAUGGGACUAUAGUACAAUUAUAAUUUAUUAAUACAAUUAAUGAAGCUCUUGUUCAAAUAAUUAAUGCAUAAUUGUACUGCAUAAUUGUCAUUAUUUUUAUUUUAUUAAAAUAAUAAAAAUUUAAUUUUAUCUACUUUUUCAAAUAAUGUCCCAUUUAAGUUUGUUCUAUGAUAAAACUUUGAUUGCCUUUUUGAAUUAAUCAACCUUUUCCAACUCCCAGUUGUUUUAAAAUAACAAAGAUUAUUUUACUAUUUUCUCAAACUUUUCUUAUUUCAGUUGGAAAACAUAUGUACAAGAUUGUAUUUCUUCAAUUUAUUGUCAUGUUAGUGACCAUCUCCUUGUACAGGUUAAAAAACUAUGAAUAAUAGCUAGAAGAGCAAAGAACUUUGAAAAAUAACCUUCCUUUUUUUAACUUAUUAUUUUCUACACACAUGACUAAAUAUGAAAUACUUCAUAGUUCUUACUUAAAAUAGGUAUUGCAAAUUUGUCUAGUUUACCAUAGUGUCAAAAGAGAAUGUAGAUUUCACAGAUUAAAAAAAUACAUAUAUGGCUUUUGUAAAGUGCAUGACAUUAGUAUUUUCUUAUACUUUGCUAUGAAGAUACCUUUUUACUGACCUAAUAUUGUGGAAUUUAAAUAAUCAUAAGUCAUAAGUAAAUGUUGCACUGUUUUUCUUUUCUAUGGACUCAUAAUGUUUAAAGCAGUUUGAACAUAAUUAACAAUAAUGUGUUAUAUAUGUCAAAAUAGAAGAAUUUGAGCGACUGCACCAGUGUUUUGUAUAAUGACUCUAGGGUAAUAUUUGCUGGUCUUAUGAUAUAUAGAUUGAAACUAGUAUCAGUUCAUCAUUUUGCUGAAAUAUCAGCACUGGGUCAACCGUCUGGGCAGUUUGGAAACACUCAAAGGACUGAAUUUUGCUUCAGUAUUGAUAAUGGCACAGUCUACCUGUGCUACAUGGAAUUACAUCAUUUGCCCCUCCAGUGCCCUGCAUACUGACAAGUAUAAGAUGUUAAUUUUAGUUAGUAUACAUUAAGUGUAUGAAUAUGUCAAGUACAUGUAUAUAAUAUAUACUAAAUACAUUUGGAGUGCUUAUAA